CGGAAAGCGAUCUGUAGAUUUAUAAGAGGGGCAACAGCUGUAGGGGGACAAACUUAGCAAGGGUAGACUACACCUGUAUCUAGCUCAAGGUGCCAGAAGGUCAGCGGCUCUAUCAGGCAGGAGACUGGUGGCAUACUGCCCUAAACAUAAUUCAGUUAAAAAAGAAACAAACUCUGUCUGUACUUACCAGACUCUCUCCAUCUCAGUCCUUUCCCCCUCACGCGCCUUAUGUCGUGUAGUUUUACCCUGACUGGAGUCUGUUGGUUCAACUUUAAAACGAUCAUCGUUAACAACAGUUUCGCGUAGCCUGUAUCAAUCUAAACCGUUAAAUAUCGUUUUAGAACAUAUUUCAUAUUAAGUUCUCAUUUCCCGUAUUAGUCCAAGGUUACUUUUUUGAAGCGCACCCGCUAUACGCGCAGUGGGUCAGAAUUAAGAGGAAAACAUCGAAACAGAGAGAGAAUACAGCCGUAACGAUUGAGUGAUCCCCAGAAUGAUGCUCAGAUACACAGUAUGUCACUUGAUUUGUCUCGGGAUGCUACUAAAUGAGAUCCCGAUCGGUCAGAGCGGCCCCGGCGGGGAGUAUGGUGUCAAACUGUGCGGCAGAGAGUUUAUCCGUGCUGUUAUCUUCACUUGUGGAGGUUCCCGGUGGAGACGGCUGUCACCGGUCGACUUGGAGGAGAGCCCGGCAGCGUGGAAGAACGAGCCCUUCCAAAUAUCCCAGGAUAAAGAUGUGGAAAAGAUCAAAAAGCUGCUCUCAAGUUAUGACUCCAGCACCAUACAGAAUCAGAAGCUAGGUCUACCUUUCAGACAACAGUCACUGAAAGAGUUGUUCAACCUAUAUGAUGACUAUAAUGAGGCUAACCCCACAUCUGAGGACUUCAUUGAGUAUGUCCGUCAGAUCAAGGAAGCAUUAUUAAGGAAUCAAGCUGCCUCAGAAAGCUUUUCAACAACAGACAUAGACAACUUUCCCUGGGGCAAGUCUCCAAGGAGGAAACGAGACUUCUCAGCAGGUUUAGCUAGUAUGUGUUGUCAAUGGGGCUGUACCAAAACUGAAAUUAGCACACUUUGCUAAACUGAGAGUGUGCAGCAACAUGACUGCACUGUGCAUCUAUUUAUUCUGUACACAUGGACACGGGUACACUACUUGAACAGUCUGUAUACAUAAAAUCUUAAUAUAUUGUUUUAUUUCCAUAUACUUGUAUUUUCAUAUAGGUAUAUUGUUAUAGAUGAGUUGUUACUUAUGUUUCUUUAAAACUUUCAAUUGCCAAUAAAUAUUUAUGCUGUUAAA